GACAUCUCCAGCGUUUUCUUCUUCCCCAAGAACAGAACAUAUAUUCUCUACUCCCCACUAAUAUUUUACUGAAGUUUUGUCUUCCAUUUUGUAUACCCUAAUUGCCCCUCUCCAAUUAACCUUUCUCCACCACAGAAGCUCCCCGCGGUCCCUUCCGGUUCUCGAGCUCCUCAACUCGACCAACCUUGCCUUCCCUCGCACCUCUCUUCGGCCUCUUUUAAGCCCGUAGUUUGAUGUCGAACACCUGCAACUAGAGGCCCUGAGACCUAGCCGGCUCUCCUUCGAUGAGGCCCCACGCCGCCCGCCUCGGCUUCUGGUUCGCCCGCAGGUCCCUCGGAUCGAAACUCCUCGAUGAAUCGACAACCGCCGCUGCGUUGGACGGCGCAUCGGCCCGGUUCGUUUCCUGGGCUUGCAGCUCGUCUCGGAGUGUCGUAAACGAAAAUUGCGAAGCAGCGAAUCUUACGAAGGGGAUUAUUAAUGGAGCGUUUCAGUGGCACUUUGUCCCGAGCAGGUCGUUUCAUGGUACACGGUCAGUGUCUGCAAAGGAUUACUAUGAUGUACUUGGUGUGAAUAAGAAUGCAAGCGCUUCUGAUAUCAAAAAAGCCUACCAUGCGCUUGCUAAGAAGCUCCAUCCUGACACAAACAAAGAUGAUGCUGGUGCAGAAAGAAAAUUCCAAGAAGUGCAACACCCAUAUGAUGUUUUGAAGGAUGAGGAUAAACGAAGGUUAUAUAAUCAGGUUGGUCCAGAUGCAUUUGAACAAGUUGCAGCUGGAGGUGGUCCCGGUCCUAAUGGACCAUUUGGAGGAGCUGGGUUUGGGAAUCCAUUUGAAGAUAUAUUUGGUGGUGCUGGAGGAUUCAACGAUGUGCGUGUACAUUUUCCUUUUGCAAGUGAUCUUUCACUCUGUUUGCUUUAUGUACCCAUAAGGGAACUUUAUUCACUAUGCUUCGGGGAUGCAGGAACUAAUAUACAAAUAUGA